AGUUAUAGAACCCCAGAGUAUCUAUUCUCUCAGUUCUUCGUUGCAUUCCUCUCUCUAGAUCUCUCUCUCUCAUGGCCUCCUUUAACUGCUCAGCCUCUGAUCUCACCCCUCUGCUCGGCUCCAGCACUGCCAACGCCAGCGCCUUGGCUAACUUUCUCUGUUCCCGCUUUGACACUAUUGCGAACAGGCUCAGCGACACCACCUAUGCCAUAGACAACACAUACCUCCUCUUCUCAGCUUACCUUGUGUUCGCCAUGCAGCUCGGCUUUGCCAUGCUGUGCGCCGGCUCCGUCCGCGCCAAGAACACCAUGAACAUAAUGCUCACCAACGUCCUUGACGCUGCGGCUGGCGGCCUCUCCUACUACCUCUUCGGCUUCGCCUUUGCCUUCGGUUCCCCCUCCAAUGGUUUCAUAGGCCGCCACUUCUUCGGCCUGAGAGACUACCCUGUGCCCACCGGGGACUACAGCUUCUUUCUUUACCAAUGGGCUUUCGCCAUAGCAGCUGCUGGUAUUACCAGCGGCUCCAUAGCCGAGCGAACCCAGUUCGUCGCUUACCUCAUUUACUCUUCCUUCUUGACUGGCUUCGUUUAUCCUGUAGUUUCUCACUGGUUUUGGUCCUCUGAUGGUUGGGCCAGUCCCACCCGCCCCGACAAUCUCUUAUUCGGCUCAGGUGCCAUCGACUUCGCCGGCUCAGGAGUGGUUCAUAUGGUCGGCGGUAUAGCGGGAUUGUGGGGUGCUCUCAUAGAGGGCCCAAGAAUCGGCCGCUUCGACCGGUCCGGCCGCUCCGUUGCUUUACGCGGUCACAGCGCAUCUCUAGUCGUGCUUGGUUCGUUCUUGUUGUGGUUCGGUUGGUACGGCUUCAAUCCCGGUUCAUUUCUAACAAUCGUCAAGUCAUAUGAUUCCGGUGGCUCCUACUACGGCCAAUGGAGCGCCAUCGGAAGAACAGCCGUCACCACCACGCUGGCUGGGAGCACAGCCGCUCUCACCACCCUGUUCAGCAAGCGCUUGCUGGUGGGCCAUUGGAACGUCCUCGACGUUUGUAACGGUCUGUUGGGAGGUUUCGCUGCGAUCACCUCGGGAUGCUCCGUGGUGGAGCCCUGGGCAGCAAUCGUCUGCGGCUUCGUAGCAGCGUGGGUUCUGAUAGGGUGCAACAAGCUUGCGGAGAAGCUUAAGUACGACGAUCCCCUGGAAGCAGCGCAACUGCACGGCGGGUGCGGCGCGUGGGGUUUACUCUUCACCGGAUUGUUUGCAACGACGCGGUACGUAGAGGAGGUGUAUCCGGGGAAGGCUGGUAGACCUUACGGGCUGUUUAUGGGCGGUGGAGGGAAGCUGCUAGCGGCACAGAUCGUGCAGAUCGUGGUGGUGUCGGGGUGGGUGACGGCGACGAUGGGUCCACUGUUCUAUGUGCUUCAUAAAUUGAAGUUGUUGCGGAUCUCAAGGGAUGAUGAGGUGGCGGGCAUGGACAUGACCCGGCACGGUGGGUUUGCUUAUGCUUAUCGUGAUGAAGAUGAUCAAUCUACUGGCCCUUCGUUCAAGAUGGGGAAGCAAACACUGGAAGCAGAACUUAAUAGUAUGGUUGAAGCAAGCAAUGCACACAGGUCGUAAAUCAGAUUAAUUCUCCUAUGGGCCGGCUUGCAUGCAUUGAUGAUUAUAAUUGUGUAUGGAAACAACUUGUUUUAAUAUUUUUGGAUUUUUAGUUAUGUAUUUAUAUUUGAAUUCUGUAAUAGGUUACGUUGUGAGUUGUUUAAUUAUGUUUUAAAUAUGUAAGCUAUUGGACUAUUGUUAUGUUGUGAGUUGAUUGAAUUUGGAAAUAGAUUUGGAUUUGAAUUUGUAUU